AGUUCGAUCGUAAAUACUCGGUUAUUUUCAUUUAGAUUUUAUCGUUCAUGGAAAUGGCCGAGUAAUUACGAAAGCUAUUAGUUAUGAAGGAUUUUUCCUAACUGGGUUAUUGACAAAUCUUUCUUCAGUGUGUGCAAUGGAGGAGUCCCCGAAACCAAAGGUAAAAGUUCUCAACGAGCACGGCAAAGCAGAGAAGAAUGCCAUUAAAGCUGUGGAACUAUCGAAAAAACUUCAGAAGACUAUGCUAAGUAUCAAGGGUGAAUGUAUAGGGGAGGAUCGUGGAAUUGACUAUGAUAAAUUAAAGAAAAGUGAAGCAUUUAAAGAAUACAAAAAGGAGACUUUACAACUACAGUUUGUCUCCCUUGAUGACCUCAGUGAAGCAGAGAGGAAGGCCUUCUUCAUCAACUUAUAUAAUGCCCUGACCAUCCAUGGUCUUGCUGAACAGGAAUCUCUUCCUAGUUCUGUCCUUGACAUUCAGCAGUUCUGGAAGACCACCGCCUAUAAUGUAGGGGGACUAGUUUACAGCCUUGAUGACAUCGAGCAUGGCAUUCUCAGAGGGAACCGGAGCCACCCGGCCUCUACCAAACCCCAGUUUUCAGAGGGAGACCCUCGCCUUAAAUAUGUCAUGAAAAAACUGGAUCCCAGAAUUCACUUUGCUCUCGUGUGCGGAGCAGUGUCCUGUCCAGCCAUCAAUGUGUACACUGCAGAAAACUUAGAUAAGGCUUUGGACCAGGCCACACGGAAUUUCUGUAAACAGGAGGUGUCCAUGUUCACAGAGGUGGAUGAAGUCUGGCUCUCCAAGAUCUUCCUGUGGUAUCGCGAUGACUUUGGGGGAAACAGUGUUUCAGUUAUUGAAUGGAUUAUGCCAUAUCUUGAGAAAGACAUUCAGGACAGAGCUGUAGUCCUUCUAUUUAAAAUUAAAAAUGUAGGUCAGGUGGACAUUAAGUACAAUGAGUAUGAUUGGCGGCUUAACAAGCUGGGAGUCACGCCUCUCAUUCUGUGAUGGACAGCUAUAAGACACACCCACCUUCUGUGAUGGACAGCUGUAAGACAUGCCCACCUUUUGUGAUGACUGGUAUAGAGAUAAUCAUGUGCAGUCCUUUACACAUGUACCAACACAGGGAUGAAAAGGUUUCAACCUAUCAUAUAUGCAACCUAUCAUAUGUAAAGCACCAUUUUGAAUUCUGUUAUGUACUUCAUAGAUUCUAAAUUUUAUAAUAAGCAGUAAAGUUAUAUCAUACAUGUACAUUUAGAGUGCCAUAUUUAUGGAGAAUGUUAGAUAUUUUUGCUUGUCCAUCAUUCUACCUGUAAUUCAACAUUCACCUUGUCCCCCAUCAUGUUUACCAGCAGUAAUAUAGUCAGAACUGUCAUUAUUCAGGUAUUUUAAUUCCAAUGAACUGAAUUUCAACUUUCAUUUAGAGGCUAAAGCUCUCUCUCUCUCUCUCUCUCUCUCUCUCUCUAUAUAUAUAUAUGAGGGAUGGCAAUCGAAUACAGAAUUGCCAAUCGGUUAACCGCAAGACGUUCCGACCGAUUAGUCGGUUAAUCGUAUCAAAAAUUCUCGACAUAACUACACUCGAAUAAGUAAGACUAUAAAGAUGUUCAUGUAGUAAUAUUAUGCUUAUAUUUAUAUAUGAUCAGAAAACUACAUAUAUUGUAUUUCAAUUCUAAACUGAAGUUGCAGAUGCAUUAAAAAAAAUUCAGAAAAGAUGUCAAGGAAGUUCAUUUUGCAUUGUCACCAUAAUCAAAAUUAAGUCUGAAUUAUCGCUUAUCUUACGAUGUUUGUUUUAGAAUAUAGUUUGAUAGGUAACUGUAAAGGAUAGAAGAGGUAAGGUACACCUUAUAAUCAGUUCACAGUAGUAAAAGAUCAUUUAAUUAAAAUCAUUAAAGAAACACAGGACAGGGUGUGUAACGACGAGUGUUUAAACAGCAAUUAACGACUCGAAAAGUGACCAAUUACCCCCACGCGAUGUCAAUCUGGAGAGCCUUAAUUAUCUCCGAAUCAGCGUAAAUAGAUAGGUGAACAUACUAACAUUUCAGAAAAUUUUAUUUGUAUUUUUUAAAUUGAAUUUUCAGGAAAUUGUAUUCAAAUUUACACAUAUAUUAAUUUUUUCCCGACUAACUGAUUACAGAUUUUCUAACCGAUUGCCAUCGUUCCGACCGAGUAACCGGUUAACCGAUUACAAAUUGCCAUCCCUAAUAUAUAUACAUGUAUAUAUUAGUGGAACUGAUCCCCAUCCUUUAGUCUGUUUUUUUUAUAAUCAAGUUUGAAGAUCUUCAGUGCAUUACUUAAGGACGUUCGAUCCUGAGCUUUUGAGCAGAUUUUGGUCUGGAGCUUUAUUUCUAAAAUUCUGCAUUAUUUUUAAGUUCUAACAUUAAAUCUGGAUUCUACAAUGCAAAUUAUGCUAUAUCCAAUGAAAAAAACGCGAUUAAAUUCCAUUCAAAUAGGAUUAAGCCAGGAACUAUAUUUUGUGGCGGAAGAUUUUUUAGAAGAAAAUGAUCAUUUUUUCCCUUUUGAAAUACAUACAGUACUGUUAAGUUUAGAUUCCUAUUUUUCCAUGCUGGUUGCACACAGAGCUAUUUUGUGCAUUGAAAUGUUUAAUGCUGGUUCUAAAAUAUUAAUUAAAUCAGUUUUUGUGAAUUCUAUCAUCAUAUUGUGACAAAUAUAGAAAAUAUAUUCUGAAACUCCAGGAAAAAAUUGAGCCAAUUUUAUCACAAAAUUAACAGUUUUUUAGUAAUAUCUAAAAAAUAACAUCAUAGACCUCCACUUUUGAUUUUCUUUUCUGAAUAUAUAAGAUAACUCUGAUCAAUCUACUUAAAUUCAGCAAAAGUUUAAGACUUUAAAAUAUUUUUCUUGCUUGUUAUAUUUUUAAUGCCUGAAAAAUGACAUUUUGUGAGUGCAGAAAGGUCAAAUAAUUGAUUAUGCGAAGCAAUUUGAAAAUUUUUCUUUGUCACAAUUUUAAUGUGUCUUUUUUAAGAGAGAAUAAUAGCAUACUUUGUCCCAUGAUUUAUUUGGAUAAAAAAUAUUGGAGGGAAAACGUCGAAGAUGUUAUUUUUGAUUAAGACACAAAUUCAGUGCAAAAAGGUCAUUUUAAAUGUACUGUAGCGCCAAAAGAAGCAUAUUGACCCCCAUUUUUUGUUUUGAUUUUUAAUUAAGCUAUGUGUGUACAAACUAAAAAUAUACUUGACAAAAAAAGUUUAAGACUUUAAAUAUCAAGAUCCAACGUCGUUAAUGUACUUUGUAAUGUGUUACAAUAUACCCCUAAAGACAAGUUAUAACAACAUAAAAAUGGCAUAUUUCUGGGCUAAGCUAGCUAGCUUAGUUCUUAGGCUAGGUAUUUAGGUCCAUUGUACAGUGUACAAAUUAGGCUAGCUUAUUUCAUUCAAGAAUGUAGCUCUGCACAGAGCUACAUGUAUGUAAUUGGUAUGAUCUUGAAUACAGCCUUAGUUUGCAUAUUAUUCAAUUUUAUGAAACAGAUUUGGGUUAACUUUUUUUUUUUGUAAUAUUAGUUUGGCACAGUCCCUUUAUAUUGUGACCUCCACAGGUGAUCGUGAAACCUCAUCAUUUUAUCUGUGUAGAGUCUGUACCAUGCAAUGUUUGUGAAUAGUAAAACAUGAUUAUAGCAAAGCUUUAAGCAUAGUACAGAUUAAAUAAUUUUUAUGUCUUUAUCUCUUUGUGUCGAGUUAAUAGUAAUUUAAUACACUCUAAUGUAGUGCUGGUUUUACAAAACUACAAGUUUGGUAAUCAGUAUUCAGUGUGCAAAAUUUGCUGUAAUCAAGGUUUACUGGUGUAAACAAAUUAUGAUCAGGGAAAAAUGUUCUUGCCAGACAUUGAAAAGGAUCUUCAGUACAGCCUGUUCUUAAGUUUGUGUUGCAAGAGUUGUUUAAAUUAAAAUUUUGUUAAAAAGUAAUACAGAAAGGGCAUUCCAUAAGUUUUCAGGAUCAAAAUGUUACCGAGUUCAAUACUAACAACUGGUAUAUGAAUAUUUGUAACAUUGUAACAUUAGCAUUUUGUAAAUAUUAUUGAGUGAAGUACAUGUAGAUAGUUGUUAUUUGUAUAUUUUAAAUCAAGCACUUGACUUUCUUUGUUAUAAAAAGUUGUUAGUGGUAUGUUAAUGUACAGGGUUGUCUGUGGACUAAUUCUUUAGUAUAGUGUGGCAUACUAUAGUUUUGUUAUCAAGCUCUAGAAUAAUAAUUAGAUUGUUUGAUUUAAUUAAAUUAUUUUAAUUGUGAAAGACAUGUAUAAAAAUGAUUGUCUAAUUUAUUUAAGUUUUUUUUUGUCUGUUUGUUUUAAAUCAUGUUACAUGUAAUUUGAGAGUAAUUUCUAGUUGGUGCAUUCUUUGUAUUUUAUAAAAAGCUGACAUAUCUUUGUACUUGACAGUAUGGUAGCUUGAAUUCAUGUACCGGUACAUAUAUUUUCAUUACUUAGUUUAGUAUCUGCAUUAAGCUGUUUAUUAAGCCAAGUUUUUUCUUCUUCUUUGUUUUGUUUUAUUGCUGCAUUAUCUCCCUUGCUUUCUAUCUGUAUUCUAUGCAUUUACAAAGUAUCACCUAUAUUCUAAGUAUUUGUAAAUAUAAGUUAAUAUUGUACUGCUAUAUUUUCUUAUCAGUUUAAAGUGUUUAUUUGACAGUGAGGCAGGUGCUGUAUUUUCUGUUUUAAUUCUUUUUUGAAAAAAAUAUGUUUGUGACAGGAUUUUUAUUUAAUUUGUAAGUUCAUGAGUGAUAAUUUUAAUAUGUUUUGUGUAUAGUAUAAGGUCCUAUUCUAUUAUUAUAAUUAAUUUUGUGAAUUUGAUACAAUUCUAAAUUCCUCUAAAUCGAUAGUCCCUCUAUUUAGUUUUUAUUCUUUGUCUGUCAGUCUGUAUGUGCAUCAGUUAAGAGUCCUCUAUGUAAGUCCAUGCUCAUUGCUCCCUAUAACUAUCCAUUCCUUUUCACUCAGACUACAUGAGUAUAUAUUGUGUCCUUUGAUCUGUAUGUACAUGUAUAGACAGAAAAGGAAAAUAACACUCCACAAUUAAUCUACAACAUGUUUAGCUGAUAAUAAUGAUCCCGUUAUUCCUUUCUGUACUUGCAUGGAAGACGUCCUUGUUACUUAAUUACUUUGUUUAUACACGUCACCUUAAUGUUGGUGCUGGCCAUGAUUUCCUUGUCUUCCAAACACAGACCUGACCUUGAUGUUUAUAAAUAGAACCCCAAAACCUCUGUAUUUGCUUAAUUAAAACUUAAAUACAUAUAUUUCUUAAUAUUUGGUACUUGUAAUUUGAUAAACAAUCAUAGCUACAUAUUUGGAAAAAAAAUGAAUCAAGAGAAGAUGGUCUGUGAAAUCUACCGGUAUAUAUUUACUACAUGUUGUAUAAUUCUUUUUUUUCUCAUGGCUUUCAAGGGUGUCAGUAUUAUUGAUACUGAAAGCAUGAUUGAUUAAAUAUUGCUUUUCUGGAACUCAAAUGUACUUAAAAAAAACAUAGAAAUGUAAAACUUACAAUAAUUACAUGUAUCAUUUAAAUUGAGUCUAAAAAGAUUUUGGUAGAGUAGAAAUUUUGGUUUAGAACUUGCACAUCCUAGGGUUUUUUUUGUAUCCCACAAGUGUUCUAUAUAUUUUGCAACAUUGUUUGUUAUUAUUGUUAGAAGUAGUUGAAAGAGGCUGACUUAAGCUUUAGAUAUCUUAAUUCAUAAAAUCAGUACAAGAUAAUUUAAUACAACUGCUACAUUUGAUGGUAGUUUGAUGAUCCAGCAUGCCUCCCAGACCCACAAUACUAGGAGACUUAAUAAUCAAUCAUCAUCUAAACAAUCGUUACAAGAAUGUUCUCUAUUUUUGUGUAAGUCUGACCCAAUGAACGAGUUAAGCAGUUACACAGUAUUUUUCUUUCCAUGCCCGUUUUUUUUUUCAUGACAGAGUACAUUACCUCAUUUAAAUUUAUCCCUCUAAGCAAUCAAUUUUAUUAUUAAUUUUUUUUUACUAAAUAAUAUCUUGAGCUAGACAUUUAAUAUUAAUAUGUCUACUUUUUGUAGAAUGUCAAAGUUGAUAAACAUUGUGUCAUGGGAAAACUCGGAUUUAUUCUAUGUUGCAAGCUUAAGCCAGCCUUCAUAGCUAAUAUUUAACUGAAUUAUUACUUUUCAUUUAAUUAUGGCUUAGUUAGAAAAAAUUUGUAUAUAGAUUUUGUGUUAUUCAAACUUUUCUCAGAUUUUCUCCUUGAGAUGGAGAACAGUUGAUUAUGAUUUUCAGUGUAAAUAACAGAAAUAAUUCUUAACAAAAACAAAUAACAUUAAAUGCAUGCAAGCAAUAAUUACAAUAUAAAGUUGAAAAUAUAUGCGAAAAGUGUUUAAUAAUGCACUUCUAAGAGUUUGUAAUUUGUUUGAAAAAAUAAUCAAAAUAACAUGGUGAAUGACGUUUCACUGAAUUUAUUCACCUUGUAUCAUUAUGUACUGACUAAUUAUAUAAGUAGCAGGGUUGUCCUUAAGACCUGGGGGCUGGGGAAUUUCCCUGCCUUUAAUGACAUAAUCCCCGGUUAUUCUCCCUUCAUUCCCUGUUAGGGGAGACACCCCAGACCCCCUUCUACUUUUUUAAAGUCCCCUGCUAUUUCAAUUCUUAGGGACAACCCUAAAGUAGUAAAGAAAGUUUAUCAUAUAUUGAUUUUGUUAAAUUAUAAAUUAUUUUAAUUCUUUUUAAAUUGUUUAUCUGAGAGAUGAAGGAUAUAUCUUUUUUAAUAAAUAUAUGAGGACACUCAAUUAAGUUACUGACUUUAUGAUAACUGAGCUAUGUGGAUCACUGCAUCUUUGCCUUUAUAGUGAAUUGCCAGGGACUUUAUGAUAACUGAGUUAUGUGGAUCAGUGCAUCUUUGCCUUUAUAGUGAAUUGCCAGGAACAUCUCUAUACCCAUUACAUUUCUAGUUAAUAUUUUGCAAUAAUGUAUAUCCACAUUUGCUGUAAACAUCGCUGCCUGUCUUGUGGCAUCAUUCUCCUGUGAUAUUUUUUUCUACGCCGUAACGCUUCUAGUGUCUCUGUAUAUCAUUCGUCCCUUCUAUAAUUAUAAAUUACGAUUAUUUUUAUAUACAUUUCUAGAUUGCUCUAUAUUUAUAUAAUUCUGAUAGCUUAGAAUUUUGGCUUAAUGGUUUUCUUACACAAUAUAAUGUAUCUAAUAAAGAUUGCAAAAUGUGUAUAUUACACAAUAAAGACAUUAUAAAUCAAA